AUGGUACAGCGCGAGCAGGGAAAGCACGUGCUCCACGAAGAACGAGACGCCGAUGACAAUGGAAUGUGGGAGAGACACUUCUUUACCGACAAAACAACGUUCUAUUUCUGCCCCUUGUUUCGUCUGGCGUCGCUCGAAGACCCUUCGCACUUGUACAAAAUGAAGGGAGGCAUCAUCGCGGACGAAAUGGGUCUCGGCAAAACCAUCACCAUGCUCUCUCUCCUUCUCCUGAAUCGCGGAAAGGACCGAGAAACGAUCCGUCCUACUACGAAAGAAGUGGAAAAGGACGUUCUCUCGAACCUCGAGAUUCCCGUUCGAUUCGAAGGCGGCUCGCUCAUCGUCUGCCCUCUCUCGCUUCUUUAUCUCUGGCAGAAUGAAAUCGUGAAUCAUUUGGAGUCCGAUGCGCUUCGCUGCUGCGUGAUCCACAACGGAACACUGUUCGAAUUGUGUGUCGGGCGAUAUCCCGGGAAGCUGCAAAGCUUUCUGAAUUACAACGUGGUUCUCACGACGUACGACACUUGUGCUGCAGCGUUCGCUCGAAAUGGGGAUUCUUAUCUCUAUGGCACGCGAUGGAAGCGAAUUAUUUUGGACGAAGGACACAUCAUAAAGAACGAUAAAACGCUCGUCCACAAAGCCGUUUUAGCGCUUCGCUCGGAGAUUCACUGGGUUCUCUCCGGUACGCCUCUGCAAAACACAGUGGGCGAUCUCUAUUCGUUGUUCCGCUUUCUGCGCUACGAGCCGUGGUGUUAUGUAGGGAAAGCGAUGGAAGGUAAGUGUAGAAAAACGUGUGGGACAACAUCAUCAACAAUGGAGAAGAGAAGAAAAAGGUGUUUCAGAUAUCCUCUGUCCCUCAUCAUGCUGCGCCGAACCUACAAGUCGCGCGAUCGACAAGGAAACCCCAUCGUAUCUCUCCCCGAAAAAGACGUCGAGCUCGUUCACUUGAAAUUCUCGCCGAAAGAGCGCCAAUUCUACUCGCAAUUGCUCCUGAAAACGAGAACCAUGUUCAACGAAUAUCUCGUCCAAGGCAACGCAACGCGUCAAUACGCUCGCAUUCUUUCAUUGCUUCUCUCGCUGCGCCAGGCCUGCGAUCACCCGUUUCUUCUCUUAUCACGCGCUCGAGGCCUGUUAAAACGCCAAGAAGAAGAAGAUUUGGAGCUUGCUCUUACGCAAGACAUGAUCACAAAGAUCUACGAGUCUGCGUUUCGCAAGAAAGACACAGCGGACGCGUACGCUACCUCGGUGAUCCGCGAAUUGGAGAAAGAAAAGAACAUUGGCCAGCAGAUUUGCCCGAUCUGCUGCGAUCCCAUCGGCAUUCACCCCGUUCUCACGAAAUGUUUCCACGUUUUCUGCGAGUCCUGCAUCGACCUCAUGGCCAAGCAAACCGGCUAUCCCAUCGCUUGUCCCACGUGUCGCUGUCGCAACACACGUCAAGACCUCGUUCGCACCGAUUAUCACUUAUUCGAAUACGCCAAAGUGGACUUCAACGCCGAGCAAAUGUGGCAUUCCAGCACCAAAAUCGAUUUCCUUCUCGCCUCGCUUCGCUCCAUUUGGGAUUCGUUUCGAGCCGAUCGCAACGCCGCCUCCCUUCAGUUCGGGAACAUUCUCAUCUUCAGUCAGUGGGUCGAGAUGCUGAACGACAUCGGAAUCGCGCUGAAACGGGAGGGAAUGCGCUUCGUUCAGUUCGACGGAUCGCUCAGCAAGCAGGAGCGAGAGCGAAUUCUCGAAGAAUUCGAACGGGGAAACGCCGUGUUCGAGCAGGAAAUGGACGACAGCGAGCUCAUGCAGGAGAUCAGCGAGGACUGGGAGUCGACGCGGAAACGAGGCGCCUCGACGCCGAUUGCCGCCAAAAAACGGCAGAAAGUGGAAACGGACGGUGAGUUUCCACGAAUCAUGUUGAUCUCGCUGCGAGCUGGAGGGGUGGGACUCAAUCUGACGUCGGCAAAUACGGUGUUUAUGUGCGAUCCGUGGUGGAAUGAAGCAGUGGAAAACCAGGCGAUUAAUCGCGUGUUUCGGAUCGGGCAGAAACGGAAAGUGAAGGUGUUUCGGCUCAUUAUUGAAGAUUCCAUCGAGGAAAAAAUAAUCAAACUGCAGCAGAAGAAAGAACAGCUGAUCCAAAGCACGCUCGAUUUCCAGAAUGCAACGGCUGUGAAGUUGACGGUGGAUGAGAUUCGUGAAUUGUUACAGUAUUGCUGUUUGUUUCAGAGAUGA